AUGAAAGCGUUUCUCAAGGACUCCAUGGAGAAGCGUAAUGAAUUAGAAUAUGUAAGGGAAUUGGUUAGACAAGUCAGCGUGGUUGCUUAUGAGGCUGAGGAUAUUAUUGACACAUUUGUUGUCAAUGAAGCAUCUAAAAGAGGGAGAGUGAAAAAAAUGAUCCUUGUAUUUGGUACAAAAAUCUUCUUAAUCCUACAAAAUGGAGAGCCUCUUGUGGAGGAAGAAAAUGUUGUGGUCCUUGUGGACUUUGAUGAGGAGGCUAGAACCAUUAUUGAUCGCCUCACUAAAGGGCCAGAGCAGCUGGAAGUUGUAACAGUUAUCACUAUGGUUUCUUGA